UGGAUUGUGUGCAUUUUGGUUGCUGAUUCGUUGUUGUUCGUCGCUCUCUAUGAACAGUGCUUUGCAUGGCAGGCCUUCAUCGUUGGCUUUUUCCGCGACUCAAUCACCGCAAAAUUCACACGACAUCAAGGAAAAUAAAUAUGAAUUCUCCUGACCUGCCUGAACUUUUUCAGCCGCCAGUCAACCGGUCUAUGCAAAAUCUGGACAAGUCAUUCUUUCGCAAAGUCGUUCCUCUGGCUGCUGCAAGUGUGUCGGAUCUCAAGCAGAUCACAAAUGUGCGAAAAGAACUCGAGAAAUCGGGGGAUAUGCUCAAAAUACAUCCCAUCAAACCUCUUCGAGACGACGAGACCAAGCUAGGCGCGAAGUGUUUCCUCCUGGCGCCACAGAUCAAUGCCCACGAGCCAAAGACAUGGUCGCCUACUAUCGCUAAAUUAGUGGAGAUCAAACUGGCCAAGUUGAGAACAUACGAUUUGACCAUAACAUAUGACGAUUGGACGAUGCACAACAUACUUGAAGCCAUACUUCCCGAGAUUCCAGAUGAAGAGAAGGAAACUCCGGCAGGCUUCGCGCAAGUUGGCCACGUUGCUCAUGUCAACUUGCGCACACCUUAUUUGCCCUACAAAUACUUGAUCGGACAGGUGCUACUGGACAAAAACCCGACCAUUAGCACUGUCAUCAACAAAACUUUCGAUGUUGGCGCCGAAUCAGUCUUCCGAACCUUUCCCUAUGAAGUCCUUGCCGGACCAGACAAUCUAGAUGUGGUCGUUCACGAAUCAGGCUGCGAGUUCAGAUUCAACUUCGGCAAGGUUUACUGGAACUCUCGCCUUGGAACCGAGCAUGCACGGCUCUUCGAAACAUUCCAAGAGGGAGAAGCGGUAUGUGACAUUAUGGCCGGGGUAGGACCUUUUGCCAUACCUGCAGGUAAGCGCAAGGUCUUUGUCAGAGCAAACGACCUCAACCCCGAUUCCUAUGCAAGUCUACAAGAUGCCAUCUUGCGCAACAAAGUCAAUGAGUUUGUAACAGCAUCCUGUGAGGACGGGAGAGACUUCAUCCGCAAAGCAACGCUGGAGUUGGCACACACUCCACGGAAAGUCUUGCUCAAGCCCAAACCCAAAGUAUCGAGAAAUGCGAAUGAGGAGGAGAAGAAAGCACGCGAAGAAGCCGCUAAAAAGUCCGAAAGAACACUGGUAGAGCCAAGUGCAUUUUCUCACUAUGUGAUGAACCUGCCUGCGAGCGCCAUCGAAUUCCUUGACGCCUUCAAGGGCGUCUAUCACGGCCGCGAGCUCGAGUUCGUACCGCACACCCCACAAAAGCUGCCGUUCAUCCACCUCUAUUUGUUCCAAGCCAAACACCCCACGGACGAGCAGGAGCACCAAGAGGUCUGCGAACGCAUUUCCGACCACAUUGGCACUGAAGUUAGAAUGGGCGACCCGAAACUGGAAAUGGAGAUCCGGUAUGUGCGACUUGUUGCACCAAAGAAGAAGAUGUUCUGUGCCAGCUUUCGACUGCCAGCAAGUGUCGCAUUUUGUGCGCCCUAGCUUGGUCGACUCUCCGGCCGACAAUGUGAGGCCUGUCUUCAUCAACGUCGACGAUUGAUAAUUGAUGCUGCGUAACACAGCAUGUCUAAGAGUUCGAGGAGCCUACUUGAACGUGCACAAGGUGGAUGGGUUCGGAGUCCUCAUGUGUGCGGUGCAAUUUCAAUAGGCUCCUGCGGAAUCGCCUGACUCGUAGUAUGGCAUGUGCACAUCCAGAAGGUGGUUGCCGCGUCAGGUAGCAGAAGCGCAGGGGCCAGACACGACGUUGUUGUCGCAAGCACGGCAAGGGCUGCGCACCGGGAUAUGACCGGCCAGAUCCAAACGCUUGUCACGAUCGAGGCUUGCGAGCUCCGUCUUCACCGAAUAGUAUGGACCUGCUUGAAGCGGGCUUUCAUAUGAGCAGGAGACCUCUUUUCAGGAUGUGAGGUCGGCCUCAAGUCUAGCGCUGGAGACUCCUUCCUCAUGUUCGUCGAUGUCUGACAAGAGUCAACUGGAGGACGUCAGAAUACUCUGUGGUAGACCACGCCUGCAUGAUCAAUGCACAUUGGGGUUCCAGGUCGAAAAGGCAUCAAAACUACUCCAAGAUUCAGGCACCGUAUCAAUUCAGUCAAUUCACCUAACGAUCUCGUGGGUUAUACCAUGCUCCAAGUCCGACCGCUCAUGACCCCCGUUCACAUCACAGCACAUUUGCAACAUGUGACGGUGUAAUCCCCAGCAGUAUAAUUCGGAUCCCAGCUGUCAACCUCCCAUCUAUCAGAUCCUCUCCCGGCGCUCGAAGAACUGUACAAGUACAAGUCCUCUAUAUCCGUUCCCGCGAUUCCGCGUUCUUCAACACGUGCUUCAGCUUCAUCUUUCCGGACAGCAGAAGCGACGACUGCAGGCUCAGGCUUCGUGACGGCGGUCAUUGUAUUCGGCGUCUUGUACUGUGACUGAGCGACUCCUUCGCCUUUUGACUCUGACUCUGGAUCAUCCGACAUGAUGGCGUCUGAUCUUGAUCUGGUUAGCUAGGUACACGACGCAGGUGGAGAUGUACAACUCACUGCGCUUGUUGCGGUAUAGGCUAUAGCCGAUGAUGUUUCUAGCUGUGUUUUUCUCGAAUCGUGAGGUUCUGUUUCCCUCAGAAGCUGCUGUCCUGCAAUUCUUUCCUUGUUUGUUGUUUCGAAGCGAAACCAGUCGAAAAUUCAAG